AAUAUAAAAUGUCCUCCUCUUUUCUAUUUCUUUUGGUUUUAAUGUUAAAUAAAAUGUCCUCUUCUUCAUCAAGAAACGUCUUUGAGGAUGGCAAAUACAAAACAGAUCUCUUAACCGUGGAUUCAUCAUCUUGCUGCUUGAGAAUGACUCCCUCUUCUUCUCCUUCGUUGCCGCCAAAGCGCCUCUUGAUAGCAACGCCUGUGGAGGAAGGGGAAUAUCCGGUGGUGAUGCUCUUCCAUGGUUACCUACUCUACAACUCCUUCUAUUCCCAGCUUAUGUUGCAUGUCUCUUCCCAUGGCUUCAUCGUCAUCGCUCCUCAGUUAUAUAGCAUCGCCGGACCAGACACGAUGGACGAGAUCAAAUCAACGGCAGAGACUAUGAAUUGGUUAUCAGUCGGACUUAACCACUUUCUUCCACCACAAGUAACACCAAACCUAUCCAAAUUCGCACUCUCCGGCCAUAGCCGCGGCGGCAAAACCGCUUUUGCAGCCGCCCUAAAGAAAUUCGGAUACCCCUCGGAUCUAAAGAUCUCGACAUUGAUCGGUAUAGAUCCGUUAGAUGGAACAGGGAAAGGGUUUCAAACCCCUCCUCCGGUUUUAACCUAUGAACCAAACUCAUUUGACCUAGACAACAUGCCUGUACUUAUGAUCGGUUCGGGGCUCGGAGAAACCGCCCGGAACCCGCUCUUCCCGCCGUGUGCACCUCCCGGAGUGAACCACCGAGAGUUCUUCACGGAAUGUCAACGUCCAGCGUGGCAUUUCGUUGCAAAGGAUUACGGGCACUUGGACAUGCUUGAUGAUGAUACAAAGGGGAUUAGAGGGAAAGGAUCUUACUGUUUGUGCAAGAAUGGUGAAGGGAGAAGGCCAAUGAGGAGAUUUGUUGGUGGUAUUGUUGUAGCAUUUUUGAUGGCUUAUUUGGAAGGAGAUGAUUAUGAAUUGGUUAAGAUCAAAGAUGGGUGUCACGAGGGUGUUCCUGUCGAAAUUCAAGAGUUUGAGGUUAAGAAA